AUGACAAACACGCCCAAAUCCUUUCAAUCUCGCGACUCUUUUCAUAAUAAAAGUGGUAGUGGUAACAGUAAUAAAUGGUAUCCCUUUGAAAACGUAGAAGAGCUACAGCUUUGUCUAAACUCUAAAAAUAUUGAGACUCUUGUACAAGGUGUUAUUAGAUUCAGACAACAAUUGCAGGUUCACAAAAGUAAAGAAAUCCCGGCUCACGGUAAAAGUUCAGGCAAUGAUAAUGAUUAUAAAAAAUUAUCUGUGAUACAAGAGUACCUGCAACGAUCACCAGGUUGUGAAGAAGUCUUUGGGAUAUGGGAUAUGCAGCAAGCACACAACAUAACACGUCUUCAAAUCUCCAUCCCAGAUCUACUCGCAAAAAUCCUCGAUUUUGCAAACUCAAAUACCACAUCAAUUGCAAAAACAACGGGCACACUAAUAACUCGUAAUGUUACGCGGAACUACAUGAAAACCAUUCAUCAAAAUCUCACAUCUGGGAAUAUUCCGUUGUGUCAGGCGACGCUUCGGUUGCUGAUUGCUGUGAAUUCGUGUGGCGCGUCAACGGCGCAUGAAAUUUAUCAGAAUUUUAAUUUUGGGAUGAAGGCACUUGGAAAAUUAUUUAACACGCGACGAAAACAACCGAUUGAUGAAACCAUCAAAUUACCAAAGACUGAUGUUCGAACACUAUACAUAUAUUUCAUCCUAUCAUUUUUCAAAUAUGGUGACAGUAAACUAAAGCGGGAAAUUCUCGGCAUAAAAAAUUUCGUUAGUGGAUUGUUUCCUGGACUCGUGCAUGAUUCAUAUGAGUUCAUAGACGAGGUUCUUACCACAUUAUAUAAUCAUGUAAUCAUGGAUAACGAAAUAAAUCGUACAGCAAAAGUAGCGUUUUUUAAUAAUUGGGUAUUAGAUCAGCUCGCACAACUUUACUCUCGCCAAGAAUUAGAACCUAACACUACUACAACUACUGACUCCACCACCAACACUACCUCUAAAAAAAUAGUAGCCGACCGUAUCCACCAAUUUCUAAUUUCUAUAUGCUGUACGCCUGGCGUUAAUGUCUGUUUCCAUGAUGAGGGAUGGUAUCCGCGUGGUAUUGAUGAUGCAAAGAGCCAUAGUAAUGCUGAUCGUGACAUCAAUGAAAAGAAUUUCCGCGUAUACAAUAUAAUACUAUUACGAUUUAUUGUGAACCUGAAUCCGACUAAUGAUCUAAGACAACAAGAGUUACUGUUGAAAAUAUUAAAAGUUUGUCCGGAGUUGGUGUAUCCUUUCUGGCAAUUAACACAUUUUUCAUUCGAACCCCGCUUAUCACACAAAUGGUUAUUCAAUAUGACUCUCGCGCAAAAGAUAAUUUCUCUUUCAGUUCCAGAACAACAAAUAGCAUCAAAACACCAUUAUCAUAAUAAUCAUCUGACUGAUCCUCCACCACCACCUCCUGUACACAUCAUCAUGGAAAAUAUUCUGCCCAAUGCGAUAAAUCGGUCUAUUCUGAGUAAAUGUAUACAACAUCAAAGUCCUUUUGUUAAGUACAAGACUAUGAUUUUUCUCGCAACUGCAUUUCAGAAAUUUGGAACGGUUGUGCGUUGGUUCCGGGGAGUGAUAAAGUCAUUUGCGGCGGUGGGGCAAUCUACUAUGACAUUAAUUGAAGGCGAUGAACAGUUUCAAGAAUUCAAAGCCAGAAAUAAUCUACUCUACGAAAGCAUCUUACGAAUAUUAAAAUACUAUCAAACAUACAUCCACGAAUCGACAAUAUCCGAUACGAAGUUUGAUGUUGGAAGAUUCAUAUCAACAGAUUUUUUUGAAACAAAGACACAACUGUUGUUACAGAAACAUAUGUUGGAGAUUUUGUUGGUCGUGGAUGAUUUCAAGUGGAGGAAUCGACUGUCUGAAUCAUCGCCCACUCAUGUGUAUACACUCUUGAACUUGUAUCUUUCUACGCCUUACCACCAAAUCCAAGAACUGACAGAACGUGUUCUCGAAAGACAUCUUGCAGACUCCAUUGUUUUCAAUUAUGCGUCUGGGGAUGUAUAUGUUUGGCUCGAUUCGUUAAAACAAGGUGUUUUUUGUGAUGCUGAAAACAUUAUGGAAGAUAACCAAAUCAAUAACAGCAGUGAUAACUCUCGUAGUAAUAGUAAGAAUAACCAAAAAGAAUUGUUAUCAUUCCUUGAGUCAUGUAUUCUUCGAUGUCUUCAGUCCCCGUAUCGAUAUAUCGAUGACGUUAGAAAACUUGUGAAUGAGGCUUUACGAAAAAAAAAUGAACGUGAGGAUACAGCUAUGGAUAUUGAUGAUGACGGAGGUAUUGUUGAUAAUGACCUCGGAAAAGAAAACGAUUCUCAAUUGGACGACACUGGAUAUAGUAUUAUCGUUAACCCGUUACUACUGACUGUAAUCGAACAAUUUCAAUACAUAAACACAAGCACAACCCGUUCAGUUGUGCAAUUUAGAGAUCUCGUUGCGUAUUUUGAAAACUUCAUGGAAUCCCAUCAAAAAAAGAAGUCUCAAGAUAUUUCUGCAGAAAGAAUUAAUUCCCAAGAUAGUUUUGAAAAUAUGAGUCUUGAGCAAUUGUUAGAAAUAUGGAAAAAUCAUCAGCAGCUUUCACCAGAUCUUGAUAUUGCUCUUUUGCGAAAACUAGACGAACAUAUGAUUCCCGGAUUCGGUGUACUUGCCUUUACCUUUGACGAGAAGUCAAUCAAUGAUAAUUUUAUCAUUAACAACAACAAUAUUAAUGGCAAUAGUCUAGAUAAUGUUUUUGAGUUUGCCGAAAAAAGACUUUUUAAUAUUCUACCUAGCAAGAUUGCCGACGAAAUUGUGAAGUGUAUCAUAACAUCAAUAAACGAAAUCACUCGAACACGUGCAAUAAUUUUUGGAAAUCUCGUUCGUGUAUGUCCGAAUGUUCGUCAUAGAUUUGUUGAUUGGAUAUUAUUACUUCAAAAUAAUGACGAUGAUAAUAGAAAUAAUGUAUUUUUGGAAAAUCUUGUUAUUGUCAUUGAAGCUUUUCUUGAUUCUGUGAUAGUAAAGGCUAAAAACGAUGAUGAUGAAAAUGUGAAUGGAAUAACUUGGGCACGAUUUACGACUGAUUGUGAUAAACAAGCGGUCAAUGUCUUAUUAGACAAAUAUAGCCAGAAAAUAUUCAAAAAAAUUGACGUGUCGUUGACUAGAGAAUCGCCUUCUAUAUUUGCUCGUGUGUUAUGUAACAUGAUUUGGUUAGGUUCGCCGUACAAUAAAUUGAGCGAUGAGGUGAAGAAAAUCAUGUUUGAGAAUCCUAAAGAGAUUGAUAGAUAUUUCGGAUUGGAUUUUUUGUGUGUUGUAAAGUGUUGUUUAUUUAAUCAUAGAAAAGAAGGUAAUGACGUUGAGAAAGAUGAGGAUAAAACAAAGAAAUACAAGAUUUUUAUUUCUGCAUGUUUACACCAUGUCACAUUACUACUUGAAAAAAAUUCAAUGAAGCAUGUUCCACGUGAAGCUAUCCUGGCUUUGUUCUCGCACAUAGACGAGUUGAUAAACCUCCUCGUCCCAAAAGCAGCAAUAUUGGACGCCAAUAUAGUCGGCGAGUUCAUUUUUGUAUUAUUAGAAAAGAAAUUUGAGGAUCCGAUCAUUAUACAGUGUGUUAAGUCCUUGAUAAUGUGUUCCUAUUCUAAAGCGCAAGUUCUCGGACCUCCACUCUCCAAAAUCCUCGAGUCGAUACUAAACAACCCUCAAUUCUCAAUAUUAGCAAGGCCACCCGAGCUAUCCUCGAAAUCAUCAUUAUCCACGUCACAAAAAUCACCCACAUACACAAUACGUUUGUCCAUAUGCUGUCUCUUACACGCAAUUUUCCAGAUUUUAUUUACCAAUAAUCAAUCCUCCUCGCACUCUUUUUUAACACCAAUAAUUUCAAUAUAUGGUGCAUCAACAUCGUCAGCAGACCAAUUACUUCUCGAAAUUCUAUUCUCUUUUGAGAAAGUCUCACGUGGAUCGAUUUCUUCGCAUGUGCUAUGUUGGGGGCCUGCCGGGUCAAUCUUUUCUAGCAAUCGGAAUCUAAUGGGCCCAAACAUAGUAAUUCAAUCUUUGGGAUUGAUUGAGCCGGCGGUAAUGCUGCAUAGUUAUACGCGGUUUCCAAUGAACAAAAAUUUGGAAGUUUCCAUAGCUGAUAAGAUUGACGACAUCAUCACAAAUCACCACGAAUUCGAUAAAGCAAAAGAAAAUACAGAACUUUCAUAUGAUCCAUCCUUUUUCUUGCCAUUAUUCGCUAAUCUGAUAGCAUCCUACGGCACGCUAGUAGACUGCCGAAAAUUUAUCGAAAUCAAUGCACUGGGGUUUGUGGUCGUUGCGCUUUCAUCGUCCGAGAGUACGAGACGCGCGGCGUAUUACAUUAUGGAUGAGUUUUAUGUGCUUUUGGAGCACACAGAGUUUCGUGAAAAGAGACAAAUUCUCUUACUUCUCAAUUCAUUCAAGAAUUCCAUCACGGAACGAAAAAAUGAAGGGAAACAACUACAACGCAUCCCAACUAUUAUCACAGUGUUUGUCGCGCAUGCGUUGAAUGUUCUUUUAAAUCCUGCGCAUUUCAUGUAUCCGAUGAUCAACAAGUUUUUGCUGCAAAGGCCUGUUUUGGAUCUCGAGGAUAUUCCCUUAUUUUACAACCUUUUCUACUCAUCAACAGAGCACUAUCAAAAAGAGCGAGUGUGGAUACUUCGUUUGUUGUCGGCUGGCUUAAGAUCUUUUGAAGACUACAAGCUAUUCAAACGACGACACGUAUGGGACAUUAUCAGCGCAUAUUAUAAUUCACAACUAGCUGACAAUGUAACGCGGAAGCUAGUAAUUGAGAUUCUUUUCAAUGCCGCCUCAAUCCCACAAGUAAUCACCGAAAUGAUUACAAGAAACGGUCUUUUGAGUUGGUUGCAUUAUCUCUGUUGUUCUGGUGAUUCCUCUACUACACUACUUGCACCAGAAAAUGACUUCUCGUUGGUUGCACCGAGAUUAUUGCUACGAGUACUUCAAGGAGCACAAUUACAGCGACUACAAAAGCGAUUACCGCUUCAUUUUAAGACCUCUUGGAUAAUAGAACAGGCCGUAUGUAUUGCUUCUGGACUGAUGCAACUCAUGGAAAAUACACCAACUAUUACCACCACGGAAUCCUCAUCCUCAAUUCAUUGGUCACUCAAUCUAUUGGAUACACUCGUUUCGAUAUUUCAUUAUUUGACACUUGUCUCGUCAUCUAACGCAACAUUGAAAAUUUUUCUACCGUAUCAUGCAUCAUUCAUAUUUGGAUUUCUUAAAAGAUGCGAAAAGGAUUUAAUGUUUGCUAACAACAAUGCGACUGCUACUAAUACGAGACAAGAGUUUAUCAUACAGGCGAAGAGGACAGCAUCAUCAUUAUCAGCCGACUCUUUAAUCUCAUCAUCAGCAUCUUUGAUGAUUAGUUCGCUCAAAUCUUUAUCGUCUUAUUCAUUACCACAAAUAACUGAUAGUUUGGAAUCAUUGUAUCUGCUCGAUACUGACGUGUCGACUAUGUAUCGACGUAUCAUAAGAAAACUGUUUGAGAUGGUGAUGAUUAGUGAUAGCGGUGGUGGCGGCAAAAGAAAUCAUGACAAAGAAGUAUUUACUGGGAUUAUCGCCCGAGCUCUGUUGCUUGGUGUAUGUGACGAGGCAAAAGAUUGGGUUAAAGAGUGCUUGAAUAAUUUAUAG